GCGGCCUCGGCCCGGCGGACCCGCCCCGGGAGCGGGCGGUACCGGGCCGCCCCCGGCCGCGCUGACAUCAGCCGUGAAAAGGGCGCGGGCGGCGGCAUCCGCCACUGCCGCACCGGGACCGCGGGAUCGGCGCCGCAGACCCCCCAGGUGUCAGCAUGGCAAACCGGGGACCGUCGUACGGCCUCAGCCGGGAGGUGCAGCAGAAGAUCGACCGGCAGUAUGACCCCGAGCUGGAGCAGGUCCUGGUGCGGUGGAUCCUGGCACAGUGUGGUGGGGACGUUGCGCAGCCAGCACCUGGCAGGGACGGCUUCCAGCAGUGGCUGAAGGACGGCACUGUGCUGUGCCGGCUCAUCAACAGUCUGCAUCCGCGGGGCCAGGGGCCAGUAGCCAAGAUCCAGGCGUCCACCAUGGCCUUCAAGCAGAUGGAGCAGAUCUCGCAGUUCCUGCAGGCAGCCGAGCGCUACGGCAUUGCUGCCACCGACAUCUUCCAGACCGUCGACCUCUGGGAAGGGAAGAACAUGGCGUGCGUGCAGAGGACCCUGAUGAACCUGGGCAGCCUGGCUGUGGCCAAGGGCGACGGGCUCUUCGUGGGAGACCCCAACUGGUUCCCCAAGAAGUCACAGGAGAACCGGCGCGUCUUCUCCGAGGACAAGCUGAAGGAGGGCCAGAGCGUCAUCGGGCUGCAGAUGGGCACCAACCGGGGCGCCUCGCAGGCCGGCAUGACGGGCUACGGCAUGCCCCGCCAGAUCCUCUGAGCGCCCACGCCGCCCCCCCCGGCUGCCCCCGGGGCUGGCCCCCAAACUGCCUUAAGCCCCCCCCCCCCCUCCCCGUGGACCAGCCGGCUGCUCCCUAGCCCGGGCGCCAGCCCCCCCGCCAGUAUUUCCAGGACCAAAGUCUUUUUUUAUUAUUAUUAUUUUGCUGGGCAUGGGUGGGGAGGGGGACUGCUGUGCUGCCCACCCCCCCUCCCCACUACACCCGCUCCCCCAGUGCCUUGGGGGCCACGGUGCCCCCCCCCAGCCCCCCCACUGUUCUGGGGGGGGUGCCCCCCCCCUCAAAUAAACGGCUCCUGUACUUUC